AUGGCCGUAUCCAAUUGUCAAGGGCGCACGCUGGACAACAACCAGGUUCUGGUCAGUGAGAAUAAGACCUGGAGAGAGGCACUGCAGUACUGCCGAGAGCACCAUGUGGACCUGGUGUCUGUGACGUCCGAGCGGGUCCAGCGCUGGGUGAGUGAGCUGGCUAAAGGAGCCUCCACUGCUCACGUGUGGGUGGGCCUGCUCCACUCCUGCGGCUUGGGCUGGUUCUGGGUCUGUGGACAGACCGUCUGCUACAACAACUGGACCCAAGGGCACGAGCAGGUGGAGUCCUUCCAUCAAGGAGUCGGGGCAGUGGAGUCUGGAGGGGGGCAGUGGGUCAGCAACCUGACUAAGACUGACCAACUCAACUUCAUCUGCUGCACCACUGAGGGUGAGUCCAUCGGCUCAAUAUGGACAUGA